AUGAUAAGAAAAGUUGUUCUCAUCCACUGCAAUGGUGAAUGGGUGCACAAAAAAGGUAAUGAUGACUACAAAGGUAUGACACAUCUUGCGGGGGUACCUGAUAAGUACACUUUUGAGGAUGUGAAGAAGAGAGCAAUGGAUGUUUUAGGUUUCGUGCACAAACCUUGUUUUGAUGUGUAUGUCCUCAUAGAUGUCCCGGGAACCUCAUUUAAGCAAAGGAUUAAGAUUGUUAGUGAAGAAAUGUUGAUUUUUUAUGUUGGCCAGACAUGUGGAGUCCCAAGCUUUUACACAAUCAAAUAUGGAGAAGAAGUAAAAGUAGAUAUUCCUCCCGUGACUCUCAAAACAACUACUGGAGAUUACAGCGGAUCCAAGAUGCUUCCCCACACUCCCUUGACCCCUCUUAACAAUCUCACGUCGUGUUCCAGUGAGGAUUAUCAGUCCAAGAAUGAAACCAUCAAGGGAGAUGGUGGUGUUAAAGCGAGUACUAGUGGUCCAAAGGCUAGGAGAUGUCUUGAACCAGUAAUGACUCCAUCAGCCAAGAAAAUCCGAUGUCUUCAUGAUGCGACAACAACUCCAGCGCCGGUUCUGGAUAUUCCUAAACCCCCGAAGGAUAUGAAGUACAAUGAUCUAUGUGUGGGUAACACUUUCAAAAGCAAGGGGGAGCUGAAACUUAUACUUGCAAUAGCCAAAGUAGAAAGAAAUUUUGAAUACAAAGCUUUUAAAUCCGAAAGCCAGAGGUUUAUUGCCAAAUUCAAAGACAAGACAUGCGAGUGGCGUCUGCGAGCAGUUCCCUUAGAUUCCUGUGGGUGGUGGAAACUCACAGUUGCAAACGAUGUGCAUACUUGUGAAAGCAACAAAAGGAUUGACCCUGAAUUAAGAACCAAAGCGGCCGCUACUGGAAUUGCAGAGCUUUUCAAGCACAAAUUCAAAGAACUAGAUGCGACAUUUACGCCCAAACAACUGGUUAAGGACAUAAAAAGGGAUUAUGGAGUGGUUAUCAAUUACCGGCAGGGAUACAGCGCUUACAAGCGUGGUAUUGAGCUGAUCAAAGGUAGCCCUGAUGAAUCGUACCAACACCUCGUUGGUUAUAGUCACAUGCUUGGUGCUCGUAACAAGGGUACUGUUACCGAGAUUGUAACUGAUUCGGAUGAUUCUUUUCUAUAUUAUUUCUUUGCUUUUGGAGUAUGUAUUGAAGGAUUCAAAAACUGUUUCAGACCCGCAUUUGCGGUUGAUGGUACACAUCUUACAGGGCCACGCCAAGGAGUUCUACUGUCAGCCGUUGGAAUGGAUCCCGACGAGUCGAUAUAUCCUAUUGCUUUUGCUGUUGUUGAUUCAGAGAAUAAUGAAUCUUGGGAAUGGUUUAUGAUAAAGUUAGUCGGAGUACUUGGCGAUAAGUAUGCUAUGAAUGAAGAUGUUGUUGUGGCAACAGACAGGCACCCAUCGAUCGGUAGAGCCAUAAGGUUGGAAUUUCCUUGUGAUAAUCAAGUAUACUGCAUCCACCAUCUUUCAGAGAAUAUCAAACAGACCUACCACAACGCCACGGCUUCGGUGGCAUUUACAAGAGCUGCAAAAGCGUUUAGCAAUGAUGAGUAUGAACUUGCUAUGAGAGACCUAGGUUUAGUGAGCCACGCUGCUUUAAAAUAUGUAGUGGAUCUUGGACCAGAAAUGUGGGCCAGGAUGAAGGCUAGAACAGGUCGUUUUACUCUCAUGACUACAAACGCCUGUGAAACUUUCAAUUCAAGAAUAACUGAUGUUAAAGGUCUUCCAAUCUGUCAUUUAGUCGAUUACAUUCGCAGCUUCCUUAUGGAAUGGUUCUGCGAACGUAGACAACUAGCUCGUGAUCGGCAAGAUCCUUUGAGUCAACAUGAACGGGAUAUAAUCAAAGAACGGUGGGCUGUGGCAAAAAGGUUUGUGGAUUUCCAUGUCGAUGGGGACGAAUAUGAAGUGGACGAGGGUGACUAUGAAGAGCAGCACACCGUCUAUCUUGACCGAAGGUCUUGCACGUGCAAAGUGUUUGACUAUCAGCAUCUUCCGUGUCCCCACGUACUUGUAGUGUGUGAGACAUAUAAGAUAAAAGAAGAAGGCCUUUGUGGGGAAUAUUAUAAAACAUCGGUUUGGAGAUCUAUGUAUGAACCUAAAAUCUAUGGUGUGCUGAGCCCAGAAACUUGGGAUGUCCCAGCGGAGGUGGCAGAAAGGGUGGUGCUUCCUCCAAAAACUACACCGGAAGUUGGUCGUCGGAGCAUCAAGAGGAAAAGGUCUGCCAUUGAAAAACCUAGAAAGAAAAGAGCUUGUUCAAGGUGUCACCAGACAGGGAAUUAUGCUAACAGCAAACGUUGUCCCAAGGCUUAG